AGUAAGGCAUGAGCGAAGAGCGAGAAAAUGAGGUCCCACUUCCUGAAAACAGUUCACAAAACAAAUCUGAAUUUAAACAUGUGGGGGCUGUUGCCGCUAACUCUGAGUUAAGCGUAAAAAUUGGCUUAGAAAUUUUAGAGAAGGGUGGAUCUGCAGCGGAUGCAGUUAUUGGCACUUUAUUGAUGGACGGUAUAUGUAAUCCUCAAAGUAUGGGACUGGGAGGUGGAUUUCUUUGUACAUAUUACGACUAUAGUACGAAAAAAAUCGAGUGCCUGAAUGCUAGAGAGUAUGCCCCAAUUAGAGCUACACCUGAUAUGUUUGAUGAACAAGUUCCAUUGAAUGGUGGAUUGUCUGUUUGUGUACCUGGUGAAAUUAUGGGUUAUUGGGAUCUCCAUCAGAAAUAUGGUAAACUGGAUUGGUGUCAAGUUCUAAAGCCUGCUGUUAACUAUUGUAAGAACGGCAUACCUGUUACUAGAUAUGGAGGUUCCUUCCUUGAAUUAAUGAAGAACAAAAUCAUGCUGUCACCCACCCUUAAGGAAAUGUUUACGAAAGGUGAUAGGCUGCUUUUGGGAACCGGCGAUCUCAUGUUAAGGCCAAACUUGGGCAACACUUUAGAACAAAUUGCUUGUAGAGGUCCUAAAGUCCUUUACGACGGAGAACUCACGGAAAACUUUGUCAAGGAUGUACAAAAUGAAGGAGGAGUUUUAACAAUUGAAGAUAUGAAAACUUAUAAAACUGCUUGGGUUGAUCCAGUUAUGUCCGAACUGCCAAAUGAUUUGCUAAUGCAUUCACCACCUCAACCGGGAUCCGGCGCGGUGGUUCAGUUAAUUCUGAACGUGAUUUUUGGUACCAGAGACGAAAAUGAUGAUCCUUCGGUCAAGUGGCCUCGUAUCGUCGAAACUUGGAAACACGCUUUUGGUUUCCGUUGUCUGUUGGAGGGACCUAAAAAACAUACUGUUCAAAAAUGUAUCAAUCAUAUGGACGCAGUUUGUAUCGAAAAUAUCAGAAAUAAGAUAAUGCAAAUGGAGAAAACUCACACGGAUCGGGAAUUUUAUAGCAACGAAUGUUUCAGUUCUUAUAUUGGCGGUGGUACUUGUAAUGUAUGCGUGUUAGCACCAAAUGGAGACGCCGUUUGUGUCACUAGUUCCAUAAAUUCAGCUUAUGGGGCAAUGUUUGCAUCUCGUUCAACUGGUAUAAUCUUGAACAAUCACAUGAUGGAUUUUAAUGUGGCAAGAGAUCCUACGUCAAAAAACGACGUUGAACCGGAAAAACAACCGUUAUCUAGCAUGAGCCCUUCAAUUAUCCUGGACAAAAAUACCGGCUUAAUUCGACUUAUUAUAGGUUCGGCCGGAGGACCAAAAAUCAUCACCGCCAUUUCACAAAUCAUCCUCGAUACAAUAUUAUAUAAAAAAUCUCUUCAAACCGCUAUGGACAGUCACAGACUACACCAUCAACUGAUGCCCAUGAAACUGUAUUAUGAAGAGGGUUUCCCUUAUAUUGAUAUUCUAAAGGCAACUGGCCACGAUGUGGAACAACUGAAGUCGUUUAGGGUGCGAGAUUUGUUCAUACCGUCAAGUUCAAGUGCUACAGCCAUUGAAUACCUGAAUGGAGUUGUGGGCCCCUAUGGUGACAAACGUCGUGAUGGAUUUGGAGGUGUUACGAAAAUUAUGCGAUAAAAAACAUUGUAUAUGUAUUUUUUUAUAAACUUUAUUAAAUAAAUCAAAGAUA